AUGCGGUGGGAUGACCGACGAGCGCGGAUUGCCGCUGAGCUCGGUAUCACCUGCUGCUUCCCGGCGGCCGGCCAGACGUACCUCAACGAAGACGACGUUGGCAUCGUUGGCAUCUGCGUCGCGACGCCCGAUGGCGCGGACCACCGCGUCUUGGUGCUGGACAAGGCGACGGUCGUCUUGCCGCCGCUCGACGCAUCCGAGCCGCGAUCCACGACAGCCGACUGCAAUCUCGAGCGCAGUCUUGAAAAGGUGCUAUGCAUCGCGCGUGACGACGGCGCUAUCCAGGUCGCGCCGUCACGGACCUGCCAUUCGCUGCAAGCGUACCUGGGCCUGUUCUACUGCAACGUGGCCAUGGCGCCGGCCACCCAUGCGUGGGCCGAGCAGCUCUCGGCCUUUUCUCCACGCCAGCGCAACUUGAUUCCACUUCUCGGCGCGUUCGAGUCGCCGACGUCCGUCUAUCUCGUCUUGCCGUACGCAGCGACGUCGCUACGCGCGCACGUCCUCACCCUGCGCCAGGCAUCGCUGGAAGAAGCACGUGACGCGCACCAGCGCUUUCUUUUGUACCAGCUCGUGCGCGGUUUCCAGACGUUCCACGCCCUGCCUUCUAUCGACCCCGAGUGGAUUGACGUGACCGACUCGACGCAACUGCUCUUUUUCCCAUUGCAUCCGUCGCGCACGGUCGAGGACAUGGACGCACGGUCGCUCCUCGAGCGGUGGCGCGUCGGCGACGUCUCCAACCUCGAGUACCUCUUGGCACUCAACCACGCCGCCGGCCGUUCCAUGGCACGAUACAUGCAUAUUCACCGCCGCGUGCACCCCGUGCUGCCAUGGGUUCUCGACUUUAACGGCCAUCAUCGCGACUUGACCAAGUCCAAGUUUCGGCUCAUGAAGGGCGAUGCGCAGCUCGAUCAGACGUACGCGCACACGGGCCACCAUAUCCCUGAAAACUUGUCGGAUCUCACGGUCGCGAUCUACCUCGCACGGCGUCUGCCACGGCCACUGCUGCAGUCGAUUGUGCGCGCGCGCUUUGAAGCCAAAGAGUAUCCCUUGACGAUGGCGCGCCUGUACGCAUGGUCGCCCGAAGAGUGCAUUCCCGAGUUCUUUCUGGACGCGUCGAUCUUUACGUCGACGCAUGACAACAUGCCGUCGCUCGACCUCCAUGGGAUGACGCCCGAGGCGUUUUUGCAGUGCCACCGCGCCGCCCUCGAGAGCCCGCACGUCUCGCGCCAGCUCCACACGUGGAUCGACUUGAAUUUUGGCGCCGGUCUCGCAGGCGACUUGGCGAUCGCACACAAGAACGUGCCAUUGCGCGGCUUUGUACAGCUCUUUUCAGAGCCGCACCCGCCGCGGCAACUGCCUGCAACGACAGACGCCACCACGAAUCGCGAGCCAAACCCGGUAUCCUUGAGCCAGUUUACCCACGACGCCUAUGUGCUCGCCACCAUGACCAAGUCGACAUCGCUGCGCAAGGCGUCCGACUCGCUCAGUGCGUCGUCCAUUGGCCGCCGAGGCCAGCCGUCGGCGUCCAUCGGCGCACUGCCCUCGUCGCCGUCGAUGAGUCUGCGCUCGCAACGGGAUAGUACGAGCUUUUCGUGGAUCAAGCAGCUCGAGGCGUUGGACGACGACGAUACCGUCGUGCACGAAGAAACGUCCGAUGUGUCGGACGACGUGCGGCUCUGGGCACUGCAGCCGCCGAUCCUCAUGCGUGAUGAAGCCAUCCUUGGUGCAUGCGAUACGUCGACGUGGACUCGGUACGAAGCCCGCUUGCGCCCGAGCUACCCGAGCAACGCGGCGGCGCCGGUUCGCCUCGCGUGCUUGGCCGCCGAGGUGUGCUUGAGCCACGCACUCUUCACGCCGCCAUCGUACGAGGCGUACAGGACGCUGCCGCUGCGCCAGCUGCCGCCCGUGAUGCAGGCCCUCGUGCUCUCGCUACUCGACCCGGCGUGUCCCCACGGCAACUUUGUUCAAAACAUUCUGGAAGGCGAGAUGCACGGGACGGAUGCUGUAUACCGCAUGGCACGCCGACCCCGGGCGCUAUUCGCGCCGUCGUUUUCAGCCAUUUACGACGCGCUACAGGCACCGCCAACGUCCGAGCACAUGGCAGCACGCAUCGAGUUGGCGAUGCGGGUGCCGACGCCGUUCUUUUCGCUCCUGGAGCCGCUGCUGGCGCCGCUUUUGGGCGACGCAAUCACGGCCGCAGACGUCUUUCCGACGCUUGUCGCCAAGCUCGGCAAAGAGACGUCGUGUGUACGGUACGAAGCUCGUGUCGUCAGGCUCUACGAAGGGUGCGUCGACGACUGCGCGCGCAUUUUGCUUCUUUCAACGGCGCCGGACGGACUCCUCUGGCUGCUCUGGCACUCGUGGGGCUCAAGCUUUCUCCUCACACACAUGGUGCCCGUGCUCCUCGAGUGGUGGUUGCAUGGUAGCCUCCACGUGCGCUUGGUCGCCGGCUUUGCCCUUGCCCAGCUCGCCUCGAGCCACAUGCUUGGCACGACCUUGGCCGAGCAGAAUGUGUUGCCCAAGAUGCUACACGCCCUUUGCAGGCCCAAAGUCGGGAGUUGCAAGCAAGAUGCUGACGUGUUUUGGCACCGACGGCACCCACCGCACACGACGUCCAUGGGCGUCCUUCGCAUCGCGUGCGAGCUCGGGGACUUUGUCGUCUCGACGGUGCUUCUGCCGACGCUCUACGACCUCCUUGGGGCCCAUCUUGGCGCGAUUCAGCGCGAGCCAACCAAGGCGCACGUGGAGCUGCAAUACGAAGUUGUCGUCGUGUCCCGCCUACUGCGCGCACUGCUCGAUCUGGUGCGCGACUUGACCGCCUCGGUGCACGCUGUGGUUGCCCUCCUCGAGCGCGUGUCGCAUCAACUGCCGCCGCUCCUGGCGUGGACGGGCCUCGUCGAGCUCGUGCUUGCCCUGAGCGAGAAGGUCGGCCCAACGCUCACGAAGCAAAGCUUGCAGCCAUCGCUUCAGGCGUGUGUCCUCUCGAUGCACUGUCCGUCGACGCACUUGGCGCCGUUUCCGGCCCUCGAGAGCUGGUACCUCGGUGUCGGUGCGUGGCCGCCAGUCGAGCCGCUUCCGUCAUUGCUCUACGAGGACGUGCACUUGACCCUCGACCUUUUGUUGCCUCGGAAGCUUCAGGACGCCGUGCAAACAACGUGGCAGCGAAGCAUCUCCGUGCCCAAGCCCAAGCGCCACAGCCGCAAGUGGACGCAGAAGCCAUCGAGUGCGUUUUGGGAAGCACCAUAUGUGCUCAACGCCCACAAUGCGAGCAUCAAGGUUCUCACGGUACUGGACGACGACCGGUGGCUCGUGAGUGCGAGCGCCGGCGGCUCGUGCAAGCUCUGGCGGCUCAGCGACAUGCACAGCCUCGGGCAGUGGAGUGUGCACGCGGCGCCCGUCACGGGCGUUGUGCCGAUGCCAACUCUUCUCCACCACUUUGUCGUGAGCGACCGCCUCAACGUUUUCUUGUACCAGGCGCCGACGCUGCAGUGCAAAUGGCAAAUGACCUUUCCGUCGCCGAUCGUGUGCCCGCCCAUUGUCAUGCAUGCGUCGAUUGUCGUCGUUCAAGAGCCACUCACAUUGCACAUUUUGCGCCCGACAAGCGGCAACGCACCGAUCGUUUGGAGCGCGCCCCGCGUCCUUGGAGCGCUCUCUGCCGUGGCCGCCACGACUGACGACACCAGCCCGAUCCUCGUGCUCGGCGGUACAUCAGGACAUCUUUGUGUGCUGGACGCUUGCACCGGCGCCGUCCUCCGGACGUGGAGUGCCCACGACGGAAGGGUGCUCAAGCUCCAGCACGGACCGCCGCACCGCCUCUGGAGCAUCGGCGCGGAUCGCAUCGCACACCUUUGGGACGCGACGUCGUGGACAACGACGGCGACGGUCGCCAACUGGCCCGACACGACGUUGGACCACACCGUGGUGACCGCGGACGCCGAUCGUCUCGUCGUUGCCUCGGGCAUUCGCAUGGCGACGCUUGCCAUGACCGACGUGGUGCGACGUCGCAGUCGCCUCGAGCUCGAGACCCUCUUCGAGAAGCAGCGCGACGGGAAGCUCCGGACGCCCAAGUGGAGCGUGCAGGCCAUGGCACACUUGACGCUGCGCCCGUGCCUCAUUGUCGGCAACGACGCAGGUGCCAUCAACCUCGUUCGCACCACACUUUAA